AUGAAUUAUUAUUAGCUUGUGAGAAAUGAGGGCAUCCAUUGGCCCUCAUCCUUGAGGUGGAGCCCAUCACGGAGAAAGGGACAAAGGAAGCGGCCUACGAUCACGUGGUGAGGAGAACAGCCAUACGUGGUGGGAUUCAGAUUUUCUGAGACAAAAUCAGAAGAUUUUGCUCAUUAAUUUACUGAUCAUCCCUAUCCAAAUUCCAAGCUCACGCUCUCAUCCCUUGAAAAAAAUAUAUUUUUCUGCAAUGAGAAAGCUUAAUGGAGUAUAAAUAUGAAUGACGGGUUGGAGCCUCCCACCUUAAGAAGGGAGCUUUGGGUGAGGACACUAGCUAGGAGCAGCAGACACCUUCGCCUCCGCUUCCGGCCUCCAUAUGACGCUUGGGUGAGGCUUAAGCAAUCUUCUUCUCCUUUCUAUAUACGCUUCCUUCACAUGGUCGGCUCUGCCUCUCUGUGCCCAUACUUCCUCAGUAGGUGAGUGAUCUUCCGAAACCCUCGCUCCUUCUUUGGUCAUUCGCAAGCAGGACUCCUUCGUACUUUUGACUAUUAGCUUUCAUACCAAAGCACUGAACUCAUUUCACCACCUAGACCGCCACCUCUUACUCAAAAGAUUUGAGUCAAGUCCUUGCUUGGAUUCCAUGCACCCGCACCCUCAAAACCCUUGCCAUCUCAACUAGCAAGGCCAUUUUUCCAUUCUCACCAUUUUGUUUUUCCUUCAGUUCUCGUGCCUGCCAUAACCUGUCCGAGAAACCCUCCCCUUCCAUGUCCAACAAUCCCUAACCCUUAAUGGUGGCCGGUGUUUGAAACCUCCUCCUUCCCUCCUGACAUGCAUCGUUCCCAUUCCCUCCAUACUGCACUCACCGUAAAGCUAUAGAGGUAGCAACCCAACCAGCACAGCACCAAAGAAGAAAACGCAAAUGAAGAAAUCCAGAACCAUUCCCAGCACGUCGGUCCUUGUCCCAUUCCUCUUCAUGGCCACGGUCUCGUUCUUGAAGACCACCACCUCCCUCUCCCCUGAUGGCAGGGCCCUGCUCUCCCUCUUAGCCGCCGCCACCUCGUCGUCCUCCGUGCUCCUCCCUUCGUGGAACCCAUCCCACCCCAACCCCUGCUCCUGGGAGGGGGUCACCUGCUCCCCUGAAGGCAGAGUCAUCUCCCUCUCCCUUCCCGACACCUUCCUCAACCUCUCCCACAUCCCUCCGGAGCUCUCCUCCCUCACCUCCCUCCAACUCCUCAAUCUCUCCUCCGCCAACAUCUCCGGGCCCAUUCCCCCCUCCCUCGGUGCCCUCUCCUCCCUUCGCCUCCUCGACCUCUCCUCCAACUCCCUCUCCGGGCCCAUCCCCUCCCAGUUGGGUUCCCUCUCCUCCCUCCAGUUCCUCCUCCUCAACUCCAACCACCUCUCCGGGUCCAUCCCCCCCACCCUCGCCAACCUUUCCUCCCUCCAGGUCCUCUGCCUCCAGGACAACCUCCUCAACGGCUCCAUCCCCUCCCAACUCGGCGCUCUCCUCUCCCUCCAGCAGUUCCGCAUCGGCGGCAACCCCUACCUCGCCGGCCGAAUCCCUCCCCAGCUCGGCCUCCUCGCCAACCUCACCACCUUCGGCGCCGCCGCCACCGCCCUCUCCGGUCCCAUUCCCGCGGAGUUCGGCAACCUGGUCAGCCUCCAGACCUUGGCGCUCUACGACACCUACGUCUCCGGCUCGAUUCCGCCCGAGCUGGGCUCGUGCUCCGAGCUCACCAACCUUUACUUGCACAUGAACAAGAUCACCGGCUCCAUCCCGCCAGAACUGGGCAAGCUGCAGAACCUCACCAGUCUGCUUCUCUGGGGGAAUGCGAUAGCGGGGUCCAUCCCCGCCGAGCUUUCCAACUGCUCCGCUCUGGUGGUCCUCGACCUCGCCGCCAAUAAGCUCUCGGGGGAAAUCCCGGGGGAGCUCGGGAGGCUGGGUCUCUUGGAGCAGCUCCACCUCUCCGACAACAUGCUCACGGGUCCCAUCCCCAAGGAGCUGAGCAACUGCAGCAGCUUGACUGCUCUCCAGCUUGACAAGAAUGCAUUCUCCGGGCCCCUUCCUUGGGAGAUUGGGAGCUUGAACUUGUUGCAGAGUCUCUUCUUGUGGGGCAAUUCCAUAUCCGGAACCAUUCCUCCAUCGCUCGGCAACUGCACCGACCUCUACGCCCUCGACCUCUCCGAGAAUAGCCUUACCGGGACGAUCCCCGAUGAGAUUUUUGGCCUCCAGAAGCUAAGCAAGUUGCUUCUUUUGGGUAACUCCCUGACCGGAAGGCUGCCCAAGAGUGUCGCCAAUUGCCAGUCCCUGGUGAGGCUAAGGCUUGGAGAGAACCAGCUAUCCGGCGAGAUCCCAAAAGACAUUGGCAAGCUUCAAAAUCUCGUCUUUUUGGAUCUCUACACCAACCAAUUCUCUGGGAAGCUGCCUGCCGAGCUUGCUGAUAUUACGGUUUUGGAGCUACUGGAUGUCCACAACAAUCAUAUCACAGGAGAAAUUCCAUCGCAGUUGGGAGAGCUGAUGAACUUGGAGCAGCUCGAUCUCAGUCACAACAGCUUCUCCGGGGAAAUUCCUUCGAGUUUUGGUAAUUUCAGUUACUUGAACAAGCUUAUCCUGAACAACAAUAUGCUCGGUGGGUCAUUGCCAAAAUCUUUAGGGAACUUGCACAAGCUGACUUUGCUUGAUUUAAGUGCUAAUAACUUUUCGGGUCCGAUUCCUCCUGAGAUCGGCUCCUUGACAAGCUUGACGAUUAAUCUGGCCUUGAGAUCUAACCAUUUUGCUGGGGAAAUCCCACAUGAGAUGUCCAGUUUGACUCAGUUACAGUCAUUGGAUCUUUCGAGCAAUAUGCUCUUUGGAAGCAUUGAAGUCUUGGGGAUGCUGACAAGCCUCACUUCACUCAACAUCUCAUAUAAUAACUUCUCCGGUCCGAUUCCAGUGACUCCAUUCUUUCGAACUCUAUCAGCAAAUUCCUACCUUGAGAACCCAAAUCUCUGCCAGUCUCUUGAUGGAUACAUCUGUUCUUCAGACCUCGUACGUAGAACUGCUAUAAAAUCCAUAAGAACGGCAGCUCUUGUUUGUGCUAUUUUGGGCUCUGUCACGAUGCUGUUGGUUGCGACAUGGAUUCUGGUUAACAGGAAUAGAAAGCUUGUAGCGGAGAAAGCAUUGAUCUCAACAUCCUGUGGAGCUGAUGAUUUCUCAUAUCCAUGGUCCUUCAUCCCGUUUCAGAGGCUAAACUUCAACAUCGACAACAUUUUGGAGUGUAUAAAGGAUGAGAAUAUCAUUGGAAAAGGAUGCUCUGGAGUCGUAUACAAAGCUGAGAUGCCAAAUGGGGAGCUCAUUGCGGUGAAGAAGCUCUGGAAAUCGAAGAAGGAAGAGGAGACGGUCGAUGCAUUUGCUGCAGAGAUUCAGAUUCUUGGGCAUAUAAGGCACAGAAACAUUGUGAAGCUGCUUGGCUACUGUUCAAAUAAGUGUGUCAAGCUCCUUCUCUAUAACUACAUCUCCAAUGGCAAUUUGCAACAGCUUUUGCAAGAGAACAGGAACUUGGAUUGGGAGACAAGGUACAAAAUCGCAGUUGGGUCAGCACAAGGUUUGGCCUAUCUCCACCAUGACUGUGUUCCAGCAAUUCUUCACAGGGAUGUCAAGUGCAACAACAUACUAUUGGAUUCAAAAUAUGAAGCUUAUUUGGCUGACUUUGGGUUGGCAAAGCUGAUGAACUCCCCCAAUUUCCAUCAAGCAAUGUCCAGGGUUGCUGGUUCUUAUGGCUACAUUGCACCAGAGUAUGGUUACACUACAAAUAUAACAGAGAAGAGCGAUGUCUACAGCUAUGGUGUGGUCCUUCUAGAGAUUUUGACAGGGCGCAGUGCCAUUGAACCAAAGGUUGGUGAUGGCCUCCAUAUUGUGGAAUGGGUGAAGAAGAAGAUGGGAAGCUUUGAGCCGGCGAUCAACAUCUUGGAUUCAAAGCUGCGAGGGAUGCCUAAUCAGAUGGUUCAGGAGAUGCUCCAGACAUUGGGGAUUGCCAUGUUCUGCGUCAACUCGACUCCAUCGGAGCGGCCCACCAUGAAGGAGGUCGUGGCAUUAUUGAUGGAAGUGAAGAGCCCUCCUGAAGAAUGGGGAAAGACUUCACAACAGCCUCUCAUAAAGCCUGUGAACCAUGGAUGAUGGAUUGGUUUUUUUCUUAUUUAAUUAUCUUUCUGAGUUGAUCUUUUUCUGAGGCAUAUCUGAAUGAUUUUUCUUUAGUCCCUGAAGGUGGUAGAUUUUAUAAGGUUGGGAAUGGGAGGAAUAGGAGGUUUUGGGUGUUUAUUUGGUUUGUGAUGGGAUUGUUGUACAGUUUCUUAGAAUUGCUGUUUAUUUGAAGUUACUUUAUGGAAUUCAUGCAGCAUUUUCUCUUUCUAA